AUGGCGCCAGAAAAGACUGUCAAUGCCAACCAUUUGUCUUCCAACGUAAAAGAGCCUUCGGUGGCUAGCGGUGCCGCAGUACAGCUGUGCACUGAAGAGAAUUCUCCAACUGAGAGUCAGUCAAACGCUCACGGAGAGGAACAGACUCAUGAAUAUAUUUCCGGUAUCAAACUCGUGAUAGUCGCCACUGGAAUAGCACUGGCAUUAUUCCUCGUGUUGAUUGACACGAUAAUCAUAAGUACUGCUAUUCCGAGAAUCACCGAUGAGUUCAAGUCGCUGGAGGAUGUUGGUUGGUACGCCAGUGCCUACCAAUUUGGAGGUGCUAUACCUCUUCCGUUAGCAGGCAAUAUAUACACUAGGUUCAAAUUGAAGUGGUCAUUUUUGAUGUUCUUCCUUGUUUUCGAAUUUGGCUCCGUUUUGUGUGGUGCUGCUAGAUCUUCGACUAUGCUCACAGUGGGACGAGCUAUAGCCGGUGUUGGAUGUUCAGGUAUUUUGAGCGGAGCCAUAACUAUCCUUUCUGCUUGUGUCCCUCUUGAGAAGCGCGCCAGCCUGCUCGGCUUCACGGUUGGUUCCGGUCAAAUUGGCCUCGCUGUUGGGCCGCUCAUCGGAGGUGCAUUUACCACGUAUGCAACAUGGCGAUGGUGUUUCUAUAUCAACCUCCCUGUCGGCGUGCUGGUAGCCAUAGCGGUCUCUUUCAUCCACAUACCAGAACAGCUUCCCAAAGAAAGAGCUUUGCAUGUGUUUGCGAAGUUGCACCAUUACCUUGAUUUAAUAGGAUUUAUCCUAUUUGCUCCAGCCGUUCUCCAAUUACUUCUUGCCUUGCAGUACGGGGGGGAUAAAUAUGCUUGGAAUUCUUCCCAAGUUAUCGGCCUUUUUGUUGGCUCCGCGGCCACUUUCCUCGUUUGGUUUCUAUGGAACUACUACAAAGGAGAUGACGCUUUGAUUCCUCAAUCAAUGCUCCACUCCCGAAUUGUGUUGGUCUCUGGCAUGUUUCAGGGGCUCUGGUGUUCUACUAUCUACAUCGUAUUAUACUACCUUCCUAUAUAUUUUCAGGCCGUCAAUAACGCAUCUGCGUUCCAAAGUGGCGUUUAUUAUCUGCCAACAGUUGUGCUUCAAUUAUUUGGAUCUGCAUUGGCUGGAGCAAUAAUAACAAAAACAGGCUAUCUAGUACCAGUUGGCUUAGUUGCCACGGUUCUCGGAGCGACCGGAUGUGGACUAUAUUCACUCCUACGGCCAGGUACCCAUGCUGGGUGGUGGGUUGGCUUCCAGUUAAUCUCUGGUACAGGCUUUGGUCUUGGAUUAUACCUGACACUUUUAGCUGUCCCAGCAGAGCAGCUCCCCUCCGCGAUAGCUUUUGUGAUUUUUUUACAAUCACUCGGACCCUCUAUCUUCCUAACCUUAAGCAAUAUCAUUUUCCUUCAGAGUCUCCGGUCCCAGAUCAGUCAAAAUCUUUCCAGCGCCGACGCUGCAGCUAUCAUUAAUUCAGGUGCAACGCAGUUUCGCGCCAUCACCGCCCCACAUGAUCUCGCUGCUGUCCUGACCGCAUAUGCAGUUAGUAUAGGCCGCGUGUGUUAUUUGGCUGCGGCUAUUGCCUCUAUCUGCGCAAUACUCUGUUGGGGAUUAGGAUGGUCAAAUUUUGGGGCUUCAAAGAAAUCUACGACAGGAAGCAAUACUAUUUCAGUGGAGGGCAAAGUAUAA